CCGACCUGCUUCUCUGCCGAGAGUACCUGCCAUGGAGAGCGCAAAGACCAUCUCAGUGUCCAGGCGGAGCAGCGAGGAGAUGAAGCGUGAAGUGUCAGCCCCCGAGGGCGCGUCGCCCGCCGCGCUCAUGGCCAUGGGGGCCGCCUCGCCGCAGCUGCCGCUCUCCUCCUCGCCCACGGCCUCCGUGACCCCCACCGCCCGCAGCCGCAUCAGGGAAGAAAGGAAGGCUCCUCUGUCGGCCUUGGCAAGAGAAUAUGGGGGGUCCAAGAGGAACGCCUUGCUGAAGUGGUGUCAGAAGAAAACCGAGGGCUAUCAGAACAUUGACAUCACCAAUUUCAGCAGCAGCUGGAACGAUGGGCUGGCCUUCUGCGCCCUGCUGCACACCUACCUCCCCGCGCACAUCCCCUACCAGGAGCUCAGCAGCCAGGAGAAGCGGAGGAACUUCACUCUGGCCUUCCAGGCGGCCGAGAGCGUCGGUAUCAAGUCCACACUGGACAUCAGCGAGAUGGUGCGGACCGAGCGGCCGGACUGGCAGAGUGUGAUGCUCUACGUGACUGCCAUCUACAAGUACUUCGAGACCUGAGCGCCCGCCACCCGUCACGGGGCCCAGCAAGCUUCCUGUGCCCCAGCCGCCCGCCCCACGGGGACUCGGCCUGCAGCCCGACCCGCUCGCCCACCCGGGUCGGAGCCGUGGCGGGAGGCUCGUCCUCCGCCAGCCGGAGCACUGGGCUUCCUGCGCCCACAGCCCCGGGAAGCACCUCGGCUGCCCACCCGAGAACCAGGGUCGGGAGCCUGCCGGGACCUGCCUGCCUCCUGCCCCCAGGCUCCCGUGCGCAGACACGUUGCUGCCCUCCAGCCCCAGGGGCCUGGGAACCCGGUGCUGGCCUCAGGGUCCUGAUAGAGGAGUCCUCCACAAGCGGUUCUUGGGCUAGAAAGUGCGUUUCUUACGAGCAAUAUUGGGGGAAGGGCUCCUGUUCUCUCAGCACCACUGUUAAAUUGUUUUAGUAAACAUAGCAAUGAAACAGCGUCUGGACGUGAGGCGGGGAAACAGGACCAGCGUCGCCAGAAACGGGAGGAAAAGCCGAGCGAGCCGAGGCCCAGACACUGCGGCUUCAGCCCCUGCAGCGCUUGGACAUGGCCUGCCUCCGGCGGGGUGGACAAAAGUGCCUUAGCUCUGCAGGCCGGGCCCGCAUCCCGAUGACCAACCUUGGCCCGUCCUGGGGCCCAGGAGCUGCUGGGGUGACCCGUGUCCAGAGCCCAGACUGGCAGGCGGAAGGACGGCCCGCACCCCGGGGGCUCGGGGCGAGGAGGCAGCCACGCGGCGGGCGCUGCAGCUCCGUGGGGUGAGAGGCUGUGGGUGAAGCGCCGUUGUUAGCUGUGGAGCAGCGCCCGGCCGGAGCCCAGGCCCCCAAGGACGCCUGCCGGGCCUGCCCUCACAUCUGCGGGCGCCACUGUGCCCACCCGGUGGCCGUCAGGGAGACGGGCCGCCCUCCACGUCUCCCCUCGGCUCCUCUCUCCCCCACGCUCACGGCAGCCUGCGUGCCCAGCCUGUGGCCACGAUUGAGUCUAUUUAUUAAGUGGGGGCCGCUUUCCUGUCCGGCGGAGACCUCCCUGGGUCUGCAGGCCGCUCGCUGUCCCUGGGGACGCCUGCCGCAGGGCCGGGGGUGGGGGCCCCGGCGUCCCCUGGAGGAGGGCCCGGCUUCAGCCCAGGGCUGGUGGGGCUGCAAGGGGGUCUCCCGGGGGCCCUGCUGCCUCUGACGACAGCCCAUGUGGCCAGGCCCUCGGUCCCCACGGGGGUCCUGUGAGGAGACUGCAGGAGGCUGGCCAGGACUACUGGCUGUGAGGGGCCGUCUGGAUGGCCUGGGGCCCAGCCUGCCUGCAGCUAGCAUGCCAGGGGCCGCCUGCCUCCUCCCGCCAAGCACAAGCUUCCUGCAAAAGGACCCGUGGGCUUCCUCUUGACCACAGGCUUCUGCUGACUGACAAUACCCUAAAUUUUGUUCUAUUAAAUACUCUUGAAUGUAUUAAAAGUGUUGUAACACA